UCCCCUUCGUUUCUCUUUCCUCUAGGUCGCAAAGUUCUUACUUCUCGUUUCGGAUAACACAAAACCAUCUGAGAGAGAGAGAGAGAGAGAGAAGAGAAGAGACGACUCCUCAAAUGAUUAUUACACUCUUCAAGUGCAGCUACAAACCCUUCCUCCCACUCCGGAAAACCUCUCUACUCUCCCCCUCCCAAUGGCCAAUUCCUCUCCACCGCCACAAAAUCUCCACUGCCACCACCCAGUACGCCGCCAACGGACCUAGGGUUCGUUUUCGCAGUUUCGGUUCAACCGGGCAAUCUCAGCCGUCGAUCAACGACAAAAGCAGCAAGACCGCCGACGGCGGCGAAGGAGAGAGUAAUAAAAAUAAUAGUAAUAGUAAUAUUAACAAAUCUAGUUCGUCAGAGCUGUGGCUGUACAACACCAUGAGCAAACAAAAGGAGUUUUUCAGGCCAAAAGUGGCCGGUAAGGUUGGGAUGUACGUGUGCGGUGUCACCGCGUACGAUCUCAGCCACAUUGGCCACGCUCGUGUAUACGUCUGCUUCGACGUCCUCUACAGAUACCUUAGGCAUUUGGGAUAUGAAGUCAACUAUAUACGCAAUUUCACCGAUGUUGAUGACAAGAUAAUUGCCAGAGCAAGAGAACUGGGUGAGGAUCCCAUUAGUUUGAGCAGACGUUAUUGUGAAGAAUUUCGUCAGGAUAUGGUGUAUCUUAACUGCUUGUCUCCUUCUGUGGAGCCUCGUGUCUCAGAUCACAUGCCCCAAAUCAUUGACAUGAUUAAGCAGAUUCUUGAUAAUGGCUGUGCCUACAACAUUGAUGGGGAUGUUUACUUCUCUGUAGACAAGUUUUCCGAUUAUGGACAGCUAUCUGGGCGAAAAUUAGAAGAUAAUCGGGCGGGUGAAAGGGUUGCUGUCGACUCUAGGAAGAAAAAUCCUGCUGAUUUUGCUUUGUGGAAAUCUGCAAAAGAAGGGGAGCCCUUUUGGGAGAGUCCGUGGGGUCCUGGAAGACCUGGUUGGCAUAUAGAGUGCAGUGCUAUGAGUGCUGCUUAUUUAGGAUACUUUUUCGACAUACAUGGUGGAGGGAUGGAUCUUAUCUUCCCCCACCAUGAAAAUGAAAUUGCUCAGAGUUGUGCCGCAUGUAAGAAGAGUAAUGUAAGCUACUGGAUGCACAAUGGAUUUGUAACCAUUGACUCAGAGAAAAUGUCCAAGUCACUGGGGAACUUCUUCACAAUCCGGCAGGUUAUAGACUUGUAUCAUCCCCUUGCAUUGAGACUUUUCUUGAUUGGGACGCACUAUCGAUCACCAAUCAACUACUCUGAUGUACUGCUUGAGAAUGCUUCUGACCGUGUUUUUUACAUCUAUCAGACAUUGCAUGAUUGUGAAGAAGUUUUGAGCCACCAUAAUGAGGAGGAUCGAAAGGACUCAAUUCCACCCGCUGUCUUUAGUUGCAUCAGUAAAUUUAAUGAAGAAGUUCUACUGUCGAUGUUGGACGAUCUUCACACUCCUGUUUCUGUAUCUGCUCUCUCUGAACCUUUGAAAACCAUCAAUGAUUUGCUAAAUACUCGCCAGGGGAAGAAGCAAGAAUUGCGUAUAGAAUCACUUGCAGCUUUGGAGAAGGCAAUUAAGAAUGUUCUCUCCAUUUUAGGCCUUAUGCCAACGAGUUACUCGGAGGUAUUGCAGCAGCUGAUGGAAAAGGCAUUGAAGCGUGCAAAGCUGACCGAAGAUCAAGUACUGCAGAAGAUUGAAGAAAGGACGAGUGCACGAAUGAGCAAAGAGUAUGAGAAGUCGGAUUCAAUUAGGAAAGAGUUGGCUGCUGUGGGUAUUGCUCUCAUGGAUAGUCCUGACGGAACAAGUUGGAGACCAGCUGUUCCGCUUUCCAUGCAAGAGCAGCAGAUUUCUGCAGCUUGAGUGGCUUCUCGGGGUGUCAUUGUUGGAAACCCACCGUCAUGUUGCAUUCAGCGAUUUGUGGUGUUUAUGAGGGAAAGGAAAAUGUCAAAUGGAACAUGAGUGAAUGAGAUGGAGAGAAACUGAAUUAUUUCUUUUGGUUUCAUAUUAUUUUCUUUUCCCUUCAUAAAUCGCUCACAAAUCGCUGAGCCAGAUUCCAGCUUAGGAUUCUGAUUAUUUCCUCUCGCAGGUUUUGAAAUUUUCAUUUUUCGGCUAAAAGCUCUGACCAUUAUUUACAGGUUGUUCAGUUGAUUAAACGUAAAAGUACAAAUGGGAAGAAAAUUAACUGACCCCGGGGGCCUGCUGUGUAAAUCAAUAUUCUUUUUUCAUUUCAGCCGUUUCAGUUGCUACUGAAUUUUGGUCAGCUUACCUUCUUCAAUAUAGGCCAUGAGUUUUUUUAUUUU